GUGCCCCAAUUAAACACUACCCCAUGACUAAUAAUUUUAAUUUUUACAUGAUUUGUAUUCUUGAUUUUUAUUCUGCCCAAAGUCAUAACCUAUAUCUUUCCUAAUGAACCAACCCUAAAAAAUAAAAAAACUUUCAUACCAUGGACUUGAAACUGACCAUGAUACUAA